AUCUGUGCGAUUUUGAGACGAGCAUAGAAUCUUCAUGUUUCCUGACAGAAACAAACAGAGAUAUCUUCAACUGGACUAGACACUCAGGGACAACAAGUUCUGUUAGUACUGGUCCUAAUAGCGCUAAGGUCGGUACCUACUACAAGUACAUAGAAACAUCCUCACCUCGAGUCACCGGGGACAACGCAAAAUUGGUCAGCAAUAGAGUGUUUGAAGACAAAACAUACUGUCUUUCCAUGUACUACCACAUGCACGGAUCAACGACCGGAACUCUGAAGAUUCAGACCAGGACCGGAAAUGACACGGCAGUGACUCAUUGGGAAAAGUCAGGUGACCAGGGCAACCAAUGGUACAGCAUUGAUAAACUCAACCUCCCUCUGAAUAACAACACGGAGAUCAUCAUUGAAGGCUUCAGUGGAGGAAGUUACGAAAGUGAUAUUUCUGUUGACUACAUAAUGUUGUGGCCAUUUCCUUGUGUUUAA